AACCUUCCUCAAAUCGUCAUUCAAUUCUCAGCACCUCAGGCUAAUCCACCACUAAAACUCUACAAGGCCAAUUCUUCGUCUUUCUCACGCGUCACCUCUUUUGAAUCUUCUUCCCUCAUCAUCAAAUUCAUCAAGCCCCCAAUUUCUCUCUCCUAGGGCUCACAAUUAUUCCUCCCGAUCAGAUAAUCUCAAUUAUCACCAUCCUUAUGCAACCCUAAACCUAAAUCAUAAUCAAAUCAAAAUCAAAAUCAAAUUCGAUUGCGAUUGAGAUUCAGCUAUGUACAGCAAUUUCAAAGAACAAGCGAUCGAGUACGUAAAACAAGCAGUACAAGAAGAUAAUGCAGGAAAUUACGCCAAAGCUUUCCCUCUUUACAUGAACGCAUUAGAGUAUUUUAAGACUCACUUGAAGUACGAGAAAAACCCUAAAAUUCGCGAAGCGAUCACACAGAAAUUCACUGAGUAUCUUCGUAGAGCUGAGGAGAUUCGGGCUGUUCUUGACGAAGGUGGCGGGUCUGGCCCCGCUACUAAUGGUGGCGAUGCGGCGGUUGCGGCCCGACCCAAGGCUAAGACUAAGGAUGGGGAUAAAGAUGGGGAGGAUGCUGAGCAGGCUAAAUUGAGGUCCGGGUUGAAUUCGGCGAUUAUUCGAGAAAAGCCAAAUGUCAAGUGGAGUGAUGUUGCUGGUUUGGAGAGUGCUAAGCAAGCUUUGCAGGAGGCUGUUAUUUUGCCUGUCAAAUUUCCUCAGUUUUUCACUGGUAAGAGGCGACCAUGGAGAGCUUUUCUUUUAUAUGGACCUCCUGGAACAGGAAAGUCAUACUUAGCCAAGGCUGUUGCAACUGAAGCAGACUCAACAUUCUUUAGUGUAUCUUCUUCAGACUUGGUCUCAAAGUGGAUGGGUGAAAGUGAAAAGUUAGUUUCCAACCUUUUCCAGAUGGCCCGUGAAAGUGCUCCGUCGAUUAUUUUCGUUGAUGAAAUAGACUCCCUAUGUGGUCAAAGAGGGGAAGGAAAUGAAAGCGAAGCUUCCAGACGUAUUAAGACAGAACUCCUAGUGCAGAUGCAGGGUGUUGGACACAACGACGAAAAAGUUCUUGUUCUUGCUGCAACAAACACACCAUACGCUCUAGAUCAGGCUAUUCGACGUCGUUUUGACAAGCGUAUCUAUAUUCCCCUACCAGAUCUAAAGGCUCGGCAGCAUAUGUUCAAGGUUCAUCUUGGGGAUACCCCCCACAACUUGACUGAGAGUGAUUUUGAAUUCUUAGCUCGUAAAACAGAGGGCUUCUCUGGUUCAGAUAUAUCUGUUUGUGUCAAGGAUGUACUUUUCGAACCUGUUCGUAAAACUCAAGAUGCAAUGUUCUUCUAUAAGACAAAAGAUGAUGUGUUGGUUCCCUGUGGCCCAAGGCAGCCGGGAGCUAUCCAAACUACCAUGCAGGAUCUUGCAGCAGAGGGACUUGCUUCGAAGAUCGUUCCACCCCCUAUCGCAAGAACAGAUUUUGAAAAGGUACUCUCUCGGCAAAGACCAACCGUGAGCAAAUCAGACCUCGAGGUUCAUGAGAGAUUCACACAAGAGUUCGGAGAGGAAGGUUAAUUUUUCUGAUGGAAGACUGGCAAUGGCACCUGAGGAGUUUGUAAUUUAAUUAUUGCUACUGGAUCUAAUGGAGUAAACCAUUCCCUGGCAAGCUCUAUGAUGUGAUGUCCUCUCCUCUUGUAUUCCAAAUACUCAAGUAUUUAAUAUUUGAAAGAAAUUGUUUGUCUUUGGUUGAAACAAGCCUUAUAAUUGUGCAUUAAGUUGCUGCUCAUUAAUUUGUCUAUCAAAAGUAGCCUGCUUGGCACUUGAUCUUUUACAAACAUUUGUAAGUAAUACAUGACACAUUUAAGCGUUAA